AUGGCGAAACAGAGUUACUUCUUCUUGUUUCUUUCUCUUGUCUCACUCUGUUCCUCAACAACAACACAUCAUGAUGUCAUAAACCCACCAACGGUCUUCCCAACAAACCCCACAACUACACCGCCGGCUACUACAUUUCCUCCGGUGACCAUAACGCCGACAAAUCCUGCCACAACAGGUCCUCUUAACCCUCCAGUCGUAACAGUUCCUGCUACACUUACACCACCUGUGACCAACCCAGUGACACAGUAUCCUCCAACACAACCCACAGGGACGGUUCCGGUUCCUGUGAUUCCCCCACCAGCUGUUGUCUCAAACUCUCCGUCGGUUCCUGUGAUUCCCCCACCAGCUGUUGUCUCAAACUCUCCAUCGGUUCCAGGUCAAAGCUGGUGCGUGGCAAAGCCUGGAGCCUCUCAAACCUCAAUCCAACUGGCUCUUGACUAUGCAUGCGGGCUCGGUGGAGCGGAUUGCUCUCAGAUACAGCAAGGAGGCAACUGUUAUUCGCCUAUCAGUCUUCAGAGUCAUGCCUCAUUUGCCUUCAACAGCUAUUACCAGAAGAACCCUUCUCCACAAAGCUGCGAUUUUGGCGGUGCUGCCUCAGUAGUUAGCACCAACCCAAGCAGUGGUUCUUGCGUAUACCAGACAGGUUCAUCGACAUCAGCAGGAACAACAACGCCAACUCCAUCGACACAAACAGUGAACCAGCCUCCUGUCACAUCAACACCUACAAUACCAACAGGAGGCGGAAUAAUCGGGGUUGGAACUCCACCAGCGGUUUUUAACCCGGCGAAUCCUUCAUCAAAUACUCUGACCAAUCCAACAUCAGGAGGUUCAGCGGUUUACGGGUUUGAUGGAUCGCCUAAUGGGAACAAUCCAACACCAUCAGUCUCCACACAUUUGCAGAUUCACUUUGUUCACACUAUGGUGGCUCAUUUAGAGUAUCGUUACAAGAAGAAGCUAGAGUAUUCUCCUGAUCAAUUCUCCUUUGAUUCUCCACCUGCUCCAGAAAGAUACAGUCUUUACUGCAUAAACCAAAAGAUAUGUCUCUCGCGAAUCGUUACAAGAAAAUCCCACUUUUUGGCAAGUGCCCUUGUUACCAGAUCAGAUGAUUUCAUCCCCAAGUCCGUCAGAUGCUUGGAUUCGGACCUGAUCUAUAACGCACACAAGGUGUUCGACGAAAUUCCAAACUUGAAUAUUAUUUCUGCUACAGCAGUAAUUGGCCGCUUUGUGAAGCAAAACAGACAUUUAGAAGCAAUUGAUGCUUUUAAAAGGUUGUUGCUUUUGGGUAUCAGACCAAACGAGUUCACGUUCGGCACGGUCAUUGGGUCAUCUACAUCUUCAAAAGAUGUCAAAUUGGGCAAGCAGCUACAUGGUUAUGCGUUAAAGAUGGGACUAGCCUCGAAUGUGUUUGUUGGUAGUGCGGUUCUAAACUGUUAUGUGAAGCUGAGCACAUUGAUAGAUGCUCGAAGAAGCUUUGGUGAUACGAGAGACCCAAAUGUUGUCUCUAUGACCAAUUUGAUAAGUGGGUAUUUUAAGAAACAUGAGUUUGAGGAAGCACUUUCUUUGUUCAGAGCAAUGUCAGAGAGAAGUGUUGUUACUUGGAACGCAGUGAUUGGUGGGUUCAGCCAGACUGGAAGGAAUGAAGAAGCUGUGAGUACUUUUGUGGAUAUGUUGAAGGAAGGUUCAGCGGUUUACGGGUUUGAUGGAUCACCUAACGGGAACAAUCCAACACCAUCAGGCUCCACCCAUUUGCAGAUUCACUUUGGUCACACUAUGGUGGUAACACUGAUUCUUCACGCAUUGCUAUUUCAUUAG